AUGGGUCCAUACCUUACAAGUCCUAAAAAAGAGAAAGAAACAGAAAACGGUGAAAAUCUAAAAGUGAAAUUCGGUGCUUGCGGAAUGCAAGGAUGGAGAAACACUAUGGAAGAUUCACAUAUAGCUUCUAUUGCUUUAGAUAACAAUGUUUAAGUCUUUGGUGUUUUCGAUGGACAUGGAGGCCGUGAGGUUGCAUUAUAUGUAAAAGAUAUAUACAUAAAGGAGCUUACAAAACUCCAAUCGUUCAAAAAUAAAGAUUACAAAACUGCUCUUGAGGAAUCAUUUAUCAGGAUUGAUGAUAUAUUGAAAUCACCAUAGGGCGUGAAAGAUAUUAAAAAAUAUCAGGCAUCAGAUGACACUCAAUCUUCUCUUUUUGGCAGACCAGAGACCGAUAAUAUCGCUUUAUAUACUGGAUGCACAGCCUGUGUAGCACUAAUUACUGAGAAUGAAAUUUAUUGCGCUAAUGCAGGUGACUCAAGAUGUGUCCUCAGCAAUAAUGGAACCGCUGUUGAAAUGAGUAUCGACCAUAAGCCAGAUCUUUCUACAGAAAAAGCUAGAAUCGAGAGAGCAGGUGGAUUUGUAGAGGAGAAUAGAGUUAAAGGUGUAUUGAACUUAUCUAGAUCCCUAGGUGACUUAGAAUAUAAACAAGACAGAAAUAUUGGAGUGGAGAGUUAGAUGAUUACAUGCGUACCUGAAAUAAAGGUGGAAAGAAUAACAAAUAAUAAUGAUUUCUUGAUUAUUGCCUGCGAUGGAAUCUGGGAUUGUUUAACAUCACAAGAAUGUAUCUCUAUGUGCAGAGACUAUUUCGAUAGUACAAAGGGCAAGGGUAAUCUAAGUAGUUGCAUUGAGUAAAUGUUCGAUAAAAUUAUUGCAUCAGAUGUAGCUUCUUCAGGUAACAAAAGAUAAUUUGAUCUAAAAUUGUAUAGGUGGAAUCGGUUGUGA